CGUAGUAGGUUUUUGAUACAUGACGUCUGGGCAUCUGUAUGUCAUACCUGAUCAUAGUUGCACAUUGUAUCUGCAUUGCGAAUAUAUAUAUAUAUAUAUACAUAUGCGUGUGUAUAUACCAAGAAAAGGGUGAAAAAUUACCAUUACAGUGCACGAAAUAAAAGUUCAGAAGUAAUUAGAAGCAUUGAUCGAAAGUUGACACGUUAACAACGGAAUAAUAUCACUUUGUGCGUUGUAUUGGGUAAUACCAUUUUUUUACCCAUCUCCUAUCAAUAGAUUUAACUAAAAGUUUUACGCGUGAUUAUAAAGUGCCCAUCCGUGGGCCGAGAAAAUUGUAAAAAUUGCGUAUAUUUCGCGAGAAGAUAUGCCAGAUAGUGGUGCUGUUUAUCAACCUACAACAGUAGGUUACACAUAUGAUAGCGGAGGUGACGGUGCUGUAGGUGGUAGCAGUUUAAGAAGUGGUUUCUGGAGAGUUAUAUCAAGACAUAAACUCAGCUCUAGGAAAUGGUUCGAAUGGGUAUUACUCUCGGUUGCUUUAUCUUUUUUCAUUGCUGGUUUAACGAUGAUGCUGGUCAGUUUUGUAUCCGAUGACACAUCACAAGAAAAUAAAAUAGAGAUCAUAAGAAAGGUAAACGAGAAUCCAACUACAUCUGCAACAAGCGUUGAAGAACAUAUUGAAGAUGCUGCAAAAAGUUCCAUAGCAUUAGGUGCUAGCAUGAUGUUAGUAGGGCUUCUAUUGGGUUUCGGUUGGGCCUGGCUGCGUUUCUUCCGUCGUGGUAAAUCUCCAAGAGGUGGAAUGGUUGGAAGUAGUGGUCAGAUGUUGGGCGGUUUGAAUCCAUCAACUGACUUGCUGGUGGGUUCCACUUCGCAGUACGGGCCGGUACUAACGGAGUUGCCGAGUCAACUGAAGCUGAAGCAGACAAGUUCGCAUGAUACUCCAGCAAUACCACUUUCUGAUCAGGAAGAAGAAACGCGUACCUUAAUGCAGGAUUCUACAAUUCCUUCGGUUGUCUCCACUGGUCCUAAUACCAUUGCUAAUCAGAUUCCCGGUUGAGUACAAAGGUUAAAUGCGUCGAUGUGUAGUAAGAACACACGAUGCGAACAUUCUUUUAAUUUUAUGUGAACCAACCUUAAUCACAAUUUUUGUCAUUUUUGUGAAUUAUGUGGUUUAUUUACACAGGCGAAUUAUUCUUUCUUUAUCUUUUCUAGUAGUAAUUUUAUUUGAUGACGAUACAUAUAAAUUUAUUUGAACACUUUUGCCUGACUUUAAAAUGUAAGAAAUUUUAUUUCCGUGAAUUAUCAGCACAAGUCAUAGCGUAACAUAUCAUUUACCAUAUUUUUCUUAAAUUUUACCUUUUAGUUUGUAUCUAUGCAUUCCUCCACUCCGUCCAUUAUCAUUGGUAAUAUGUUAGAUAAGCAUUGAAUCCAGAUAUUACAUAUAGUAAAUUUUAGAAGAAUUUAUUUACAAUGCAAUAUAAGCUAUUUAAAAAAAUAUAUUAUUUUGAUUAUUAUUUAAAUACAUAGCAUGUUUAAUAGUAAUACUAAUAUCGGUUGUCUUGAUAUAAUAGUAAUUUAUAUUAGCACAUUAUUGGUCUGAAUUGGCCAGUUAUGAAUGCAUGUAUAAACAAACAAUAUUUUGUAUUAUUCUGCCCAGUUUAAUAUGAUGGCAGCAUUAAGUAUGACUGACAAUAUUUGUAACAAACUAUUUGCUCACCUUAUAUGUAUGUAUAUGGGAAAAAAUGAGCUC